UUAGGAACCAAGGAACGAGAAGUGCCAAAACAAUCGUCACGUGAAUAAUUGCGAACAAAGUCUGGAACUGUGUUAAUUUUUUUCGUUGAUCGUGUUUCUUCCGGAUUUGUAUCUUCUCUGAUCAUCCUCACGUUUUUGCAAAAUGAAUUCAACAGUACUUCUCCAUGCUGUCUUCUUAUUUAUGUGCUUUAGGAACGCCAAAUGUAUUGAGUGCUAUCAAUGUGAUAGCGGCAUGGCUGAUGCGUCUGACUGUAACUACCUUACGGAUAAAAGCAGCCCUGAUUUGAAAUCCAAAUCGUGCUCAAGUAUCCCAAACGCAAAGUUUUGUGUUAAGAAAGUUGCUCAAGGUGGCCUAGGAACUAAAAGAUUUUGCUCCGCUCUUGACAUGGGUAAUUACUGCAACUACGUCAAACAGCCAGGAGUAGAUCGAGAAUAUAGGUCCUGCGUUUACACUUGCGAUUCUGAUGGUUGCAACUCUGCUCAUCUACUCAAGCCAGUCAAUUUGUUCUUUUUUUCCACCAUUUUGAUUUCUCUGUACAUGGGUACCAUUUAAAUCUUUUUCUGGACCAACUACCUAAGUUUCUGAACUGGAGACCACUAGUUUUAUUGUACAGGAUUUUUUAUCUGAACAUUUUUUUGUGCAAUAUUUUAUGAAAAUAUUUGUCUAUAGAUUUAAUGGCCCUCUUUGCCUUCCAUUUUCAUUUUUAUCCUAAGCUCAGAACCAAAAAAGAUUAAACAAGAAUUCUUACUUUUCAAAGUAUCAGUGCAUUGGUUCUUUGCAAUGUAAUUUCUAUUCACCCCGUUUUCUUUCUUUUUUUUUUUCUUUUUUUUUAAUUCUAUUCCUAAAUUCGAGGGAGAGUACCACAUGGUUCAUGCACAUUCUUGAAAAUACUUAUACCUACGUACUUGAUUUUUUCUUCAACCUUUUUUUUGCAUUUAAAGAUACUUGGACUCUCGAGUAUGGACAAAUUAUUGGUACUUGAAAUUGGCAUUGGUUAAGAACUGAAGACAAAAUCUUUUAAGAAAACAUUUUCCUUUUAGCAUUAUAAAUGUUUCAUUAUGCUGAUCCAAGUGUCAACUACUUGAAAACUAGACCAACUGUGUUGGAAGUGCUUAAUGAGUGGCUAAAGCUAUUAAAAAUUGUGUAUACUUGAGCAAUUGAGCAUACAAAAUCGAUCAACAGCCUGUGGACAUCUUCUACUAGGGUUGAAUUUCAUGGAUUGAGCCCUUGGGAUCUAAAUAUCGAUUUUUGGCCCUUAUGAGGAUACUUUCCCAUUGAAAUGUCUUGUAAAUAGACAAAAAGCAGCCCACACCAGUCAGCCGAUUAAUCAAUUUGUUUGACAACAGUGGUAUCAGUUCCCUAAGCUCCCUCAGAUGGUCAGAGAUGAAAACCAGAAGGGUCGCCGGGACGGUUUAGUCCGUAUGACAAAUUGAAGACAGAAUCGAAAAAUAAAGGAAGUUGAAUGAGAAUGUCUCGGUUUUUUUCCCUUGAAAAAAUAAAUAUAUAAAAACCAUACAGACGUUCAACUUACUUUAUUUAAACCAAAAAAAAAAAAAAAUUCACAGGGGGUGCAAGUAUCUUGAAAUUAACAACUACAGUCUUUGGAAAAAAUUGAAUUUAUUUGUUGUGUUUCUCAAGUUAACAUGAACCAUGUAUGUACUAGAUAUAUUGUAAGAUACUGUUCUAUGUUUUGGUUUGUUUUGUUGUGUUUUUUUUUUCAUUCUGCGAAUGUAUUUAUUAUUUCUGUAAUAUUUUCUCUGCGUUUUCUCCCACCUUCCAGUUUCAAUUAGUCAAGUAGAAAACAAGAAAUCCGUCCGAAUGAAAAGGGUUCAGUUUUUUACAUUUACCUCCUCUGCUUGGAACCUUUUAUGGUUUAUAUUAACUUUACCCCUCAAUCUCUGAAGACGAAUAAUCUAAAAGCUUUACUGAUGCUCCAUACUGAGAUUAUUAAUUUCCUGGCUUUCGUUAGUUUUAUGAAACAAGUCACUGCAUUUUUUAAACCUCAGUUGCAUUUUCUGUCGGUAAAUGCUAUUUGAUAGUGAUAGUUUCUGCUCGUGUAUGAACUGCUUCUCAAAUUCUUCAUGAUCCUAUCUUGUUUCUUUUUUCAAGAAAAGAAAGAAUAAUUAUGCUCAUGAUACUAUCUAGAAAAGAUCUCAAAGUAUUAGGUAUUUUACAAAUUAAGUAGGUCCAGCAGUCAGUCAACUGAUAUUCCUCCUUUUUUCCCUCACUAAAGCUCCUUUUUUUCCAAUGCCGUCGCCAGUCUGUCAAUUUUCAUUGCAUUGUUAUCUAGUCUGUUCUAUUAAUCUUAAGUGCUCGAAGCGUACAGUAACUCAUUUUUAAUAGCUAAUUGUAGAGGAGUCUUAUUGAUUUCCUUGGUUCCAAGACUUUAGAUUUAGUUUUUAUUUUGCUAAAAUGAUUUUAGAAUGAUUGUAUGUGUAAAUAUUUUAAUUCCUCUAAUAGUCUAUACUUAUGUUGUACUAACAAUACCUAUCGCAAGAGCUCAUAGUGCUCUGAAGCAAAGUUCAAGAAAACUUUGCCACCUCAGAAUCCAUAAUUCGAAUGUAGUGCUGCGAUAAUUUCUAAUUCCUCCUGUCUGUAAUUUUCUAAUCCAACUAAUGUCGCUAAUUAAUUCUCUGUAAUUCUUGUAAUCAGUAGUCUCCAUGACUCCUAGACUUCUUGCCAGCCAUAUAUUUAUUCCUCUGCCUCCAGAAUGUCUUUUUGAAAGUUAAAGGGUCUCCAAUAUUGUGUCACUUCCAUAUUUUCUUCUUAUGAUUUUUAUCUCCAAAAAGGACACUCAAAGGCAAUUCAUAGGUUACAUCAGGCGCUAUUUCCAAUUUUAACCCCUUGUUAGGUAGCUAUGGGCUCCCUUUAAAAAUUAUUUCUGACGGAAUAGACCCCCCUCCUCCCUCCACGUACUUACAGUGAGAACUAAUGGAAGAUUUAAAGUUUAUUUAUUUUUCUCCCUCCCCGUCCUCUCCCCAUUUUUUAAUUCUUUCCCACUUUCAAAAAACAGGAGUUUCUAGCCCAAUACCAUGUUUAGCCUAGCCCCUUUUCUUUUCGUCAGGCACCCCCUCCCCCCCCCCCUUCUAUCAGGAAUAAAUGGAUGGUUCUUGAAGUACGUUCGGUCUCUAGUAAUUUUAGUUUUAGAUUUGCAUUUUUACGUUCAGCCAAUAAACUAAAAUCAUUUUAUUUUGUGUGUGAAGUAAGAAAAAUUUUGCUUAUCAGGUAUGCCUUGAAACUCUCACACUGAUUGUGAGCCAAUAUUAAUUUAUUUGAUUUUAAGGAACUUUUUUAUCAUUCGUAAGUAUUUUCUUCUAUUCAAGAGUUUUAAAACUACCGGUAAAAAUCCUGAAUAAAGUGCCGAUCCCCUCCCCGGCCGACCGGCCCCCUUCCCGUUACUUCUCCGAGUUCUCCGUGCGUGAAGUUCGUAAAUAAAUGAGAAUGAGAGAGGCAAUUAACUUCUCUAAUGCAAGCAAAGUUGACUAACCCCUGAAUUGAAGGCACUAAGUAUUGACGUUGAUGACAAUAUCCAUCGAAUUCUUUGAGUUCAGUGCAAUUAAUAGUUGUUAGUCUAGUGUCCAAUUCAGAAGGGUCGUGAAUCCUGAAUCAAAUAAAGAUGAUUUUGAUUUUUGCCUUGGAUUUUCAACACUCUUGUGAUUUUUUCGUUUGUUUUUUGUUAUUUUUGAUCUUACAAAGGCUAUAAUCAAGAAUGCACUUGGCUUUGCACAAGUCUAGAGACAUGAAAACAGUGUUCCCUCUUCACCCUCCGUUUCAGAUGGAGCUAGAAAAAGAGUAAAUCACGGAUUCAAGAAAAGGAGAGGCGAAAGAAAUCAAGAGGAAGAUAAUAUACGAAAACGAGGUGAAGCGUGAAGUUUUCUUUUAUUUGAUGAAUGAAUAUUUUACCUAUAUUUACAUUAAAGCAUAGAGGUAUUAUAGUUCAGCCAAACUCAAUACUGCUCUAGUUGAUUCUGUACAAAUACAGUGGAGUCUCGAUUAUCCGCGGUCUGUGGAGCCGACUUUAUUUUUACUUUUUCUAUUUCCUUUGAAAGCGACCGGGAUCGAAUGGAGAAAUUCGGGGUCACUCUUCUCCUCUUUGGAAAAAAACAUCUUUCCAUAUGUACGCGCACGUGCAGGCCUCCAGUGUUACCUGAGUGUUAAAAAGGAUUCUUAGUUAAGAAUUAUAUUCUCUCCUAAUGCGUGUAAGUGUAUUUACUGAUUCCUUUAAAGUACAGUCUUUCCGGUGACUUUUUCCGGCCGUCUUGCGUGGAUUUCGGUAUCUCCGGUCCCAGUUAUCGCGGAUAAUCGAAACUCUACUGUGAUUUUAUUUCACACGUGUGCCACGUUCUUACUCUCACUGUAUUUUUACGUUUUUUUAUGAGUCUUUCGAAUGUGUUUUGUUUUACCUUUUGCGAUUUUAAUCAAUUUAACAACCCUCUAAUUGUAAGAAUUCGACAGCGGCCGAAUUAGAAUAUUACAUGGAACCUGCCAACGCUCUUAUUUUCUAAAAAAAUAUUUCAACUUGUGCUGUCAAUUUUUAAUAUAAAAUUCCUAUUUUUCAUAGUUUUUUUUAUGGAAAUGGUGAUCAGCUAUUCCGUCCACACGCUCUGUUUUUAACGAAAUAUUAUUUUGAAUUUCGUGCGUAUACUUUAAUAAGAUUAAGUUAAGCAUUGAUGCGACUUUGCACUAUAUUUAUCUGUUCGAAUUGAUUUCCAUGUUUAAUAUGAUUUUCUGUUUGUUUUUUGUUUUAUACAUUUUAGCAUGCCGUCCAACAAUUAACUAUUGCCUUGAUUUUGUACUUAUUUAACAGCAACCUCAUUUGUUUAAUAAAAUUUGAAUUCAAUGAAA